AUAUGUGGGCUUGCCCAGUGUUUUCAACCUAUAGAUGGCAAACUAAAACAAGGAAUCAAGCAAAUCUUCUUGAGUCGCUUGUUUUUUCAGCAAACUUGAAGUGACUGAUUUUAUUUUUUAAUAAACUUGAAAUGUUUAUUUUAUUUAUUUGGUAUUGAAAUGUUGCUCAAUAGUAAUCGUAUAUGUGGCAAGUAUUACAGCGUAAGAAACUUGGCAACAUCUAUUUUAAAGGUAAAGCCAUGUCACUAUUCCAAAAACUCGCUGAUGGAAACCAAUUUCAGCCUAUAAUUAUAAGUUAUGUAUAAACAUAUUAAUAGUAUGUAUAAAUAAAUAUUUUAUAUCAGUAAUUUAAUCAAGAUGAAAGCAAUUUAUGCCGCUCAGUAUUUAUUCUUUGGGUCGAAAUUUGGGUCGCUUGAAAAAAAGGUUGGAAAACACUGUGUCAGACUAUUAGCUUAUAGACCUCAAGUUCAAACUCUAUACCUCCCACCUCACCCAGGUGUUAUGAAUAAAAUAUCCCCAUAUUUUAAGAUCAUGGUCGUUUUAAAACAAACUUAUUAAGAGCUUUGUUCAGAACAAUUUGUAAAACACUUCAAAAUAAAUACAUGUUUAUUUAAGUUUUUCUACAGAACUUAGUACCUGUUGAUAUUUCCUUUUCAUACCAGCAUGGCAUCGGAAGAUUUUUUUGACGCGAAGCAACCUGAACGUAUCAUGUUAUCAGUGAACAGGUUGAGAGGAGCUGAAUCUCUUUGUGAUUUUGUGAUCAAAGUUGGAGAAAAAUCAUUCCCGGUGCAUCGUUUAAUUUUAGCAGCCUCGUCUCACUAUUUUGAAGGUAUGUUCUUAAGCAACAUGAAAGAAGUCCAAGAUGGGUUUGUGGAAAUGAAAGAUAUAGAUGAAAGUGGAAUUGAACAAUGCAUUGAGUUCAUGUAUAAGGGAAAAGCAAAGAUUAGCAUGAAAAAUAUUCAAAAUAUGUUGCAUGCAUCGGAUUUGUUACAAAUUGAAGCCCUAAAAAUUCUCUGCUCCAAAUUCUUGCUAAAAAAUCUUUCAUCAGAUACUUGUCUCACUGUAGUCCACCUGUCUGAUAUCUUUAGUCUUCCUGAUGUAAAAAAUCAGGCAGAACUAGUUGUUGUCAACAAUUUUGAUUUUGUUCUCUCUUCCGAUGCUUUUUCUUCGAUUACUAAAAACGAUCUUCUUCGAUACAUCAACAAUUUGAACGUGACAUAUCAAACUACAUGGAAAGCUAUAUUGAAAUUUGUAGAAAUAAAUAGCAGUGCCGUAAAAAAACAUUUCAGGGAAUUUCUCAAUGGAAUUGAAAUAAAAAAAUUUCCAUUUGAAUUCAUUCUAAAAACUAUAUUGGAAGAACCUUUUGUGAAAGACAACAAAGAGACAAGUGAUUUUGUGAUUGCUUUUCUAAUUUCGGACAAUGAUUUUCUUGAGAGAAAUUUGGAUAUUGAUAACUGCUUCACUCUGAAGAGCCUGGCCCAGAAUCUUAGUUCAGACUCUGCAAAAAUUAUAAUAAAUCAAUUCCUGGAAGUUAACUUUGAAGGUAUAGUCAAAAAACAAGAGUUUUGUUUAAUCAGCAAAGAGGAGAUUGUCUGCCUCUUGAGCUCCCAUAAAAUUGAAUGUGUGCCUGAGACUGUUAAAUAUAAUGCAGCAAUUGAUUGGGUCAAACAUGAUCUUCAAAACCGUAAAAAAGAAUUCCAAGGCUUAUUCAGUCUCGUAAAGCUUGAAAAGAUUCCUCUCGAUUUCCUUCAAAAUACAGUUAAGUUUCAAACAUUGGUGAAAAAAUCUGAAAAGUGCACAGAAAUGCUAAUGAAUGAAUUGUUUUCACGUUUAUCAAUUGCUCAAAUUCAGCUUGGUCAGCAAAUAUUUAUUCCAGCUAAUGUUUUCCAACAUGUGCAUGGAGAGAUGUCACAUCGUGUUUUGAGAGGAAUUAUAUUAGAAGGCUUUCCACCACAAACACACGCUAUUGAAAUUAUAUAUUACUUUCAUGGUGGAAGUUUUCAGGGACUAUCUUAUCGAACCAAGACAUUUCAUGCGUACUUGCCUGACAACCUUCAAGGUCGCCAGCUUUUAAAUUCAUUAAUGAGGGCAUUCUACAUGGGCUUGACUUUCAAACUACAGAAAAUCAAGAAUGGAUUUGUCAAGAUUGAGUGGAAUGAUAUCCCCCACAGGACGACCCUAGACCCGAAGGUUGUCAGACAUCACCCUGAUCUGCAGUAUCUUUUCGAUCUACGUCGUGUUCUUCAAUCAAAAGGGAUAGAAUGAACCGCAAUACUUACUAAUUUCGCAGACGAGCUUCAGAACCCUUUGCUUUCAAGAAAAGUUUCUGGUCUUUCAUAGUCCAUAGCCUGUGAGCUCUCUUUCAUAAACGAUCAGUCUGCCGAAAUUUUUUCCAAGAACUUCAUUUGUAUGGAAUUCAAUGGCUGUUUUCAUAACCAUGUUGAAUACUGUAUGCCUAACUGUGUGAGAGUCCAGUCUUAUUUUGACUGAUAUUUACAAUUGGGUUUCUAAAGCUUUUGAUAUACCGGUAGUAGAGGUCGUACAAAAUUUUGCUUAGAUGAGUAUCAUUUACUUUCAAGUGAGUGCACAUGGCCUUGUUUCAGUAAAUUCUUGUGAAUAUAAGUUAUUUGCAACCUAAAGUUUAUUAUACAGAACCAUACAAAUCCAGUUGAAAGUAUUUUCAUUCAUAUUCAAUUCAGUAUUUUUAUGUCCUAUUUAUAUACUUACCGGUAUACAAUAUAUUCACAUACUGGUAUAUUAUCGUUUGUAUAUAUUAUCUGUAAUCCCUAACAGGCGGGAUGUGCAACCUUUAAUACAGGAUAUACAAAUACCUGGAUGAAACCGUGGGCCGAACCUUUUCUUAACACAGGGUUUGUAGUAAUUGUAGACACAAAAAUUUUGGUUAUUGAUCUUUUGGCAUGCAUUGUUCGCAUUGCAAAAGCUCAGCUAUAUGCAUUGUGACGCAAAGGGAUUGGAAUAAUUUGCAAAUACUAGACUAAAUUAAAAACUCGUCACAUGGGCCGCACACAAUCCAAAAGUGGCAUUUCAUUCUUGUGGGCCGCAUUUGGCCUGCGGGCUGCAAGUUGCACACCACUGUUUUACAGCAACAAAACUUUUUAUGGCUUCAGAAUUUGUUGUGAUUCUCAUUCCUAUAUGCUUUUCUUAUAUUUAUUUUUUUCCUUUAUAUUUUGACACAUUAUGCUACGCCUAAUGAAUAUGCAUGGCAACUUAUUGCUGACUACUCUUGGUAUGGUUCCUGUGGGAAAGUUCAUGGAUUGCUGAACUCCCACGGCAAGUCACUUUUUUUUAGCCACUGGCCAGAUUAUAACAUCCCAACGAAUUUUCUAUUGAAAAACCUAAGCCAACUGGCACUCAGACGAAAGGCCAUGGACCACCAUAUGGUCAAGUUUUUCUUUACAACUAGGAUAUAUAUGCAUAAAAUAUAUUUGACUAUGUAUUUUUAUUUUCCAGAUUUAUAACAUUUUGAAUUCUUAUUGCUUAUGUUUUUGUACUUUCACUUACACUAAAUCUUAAGACAGUUUAUAGGGCUAUAUAUCGAUCUACCAUCUUUGUUCAUAUUCAACAAUGGAAUUUUUUUUUUUGUAAAAAUCCACCAGCAAGCUAGCCAUUGAUUUACUUUCUUUUAUUUAUAAUCUCAGGAUGUAAGUUUAUAGCUUCUUCUAUCAAAUGCCCAUUCUUGACUCUGUCCAUGGAUGACCAUAACAAAUUGAGCAUUCGAACAUACUCUUAAUUGAUUACAUUUGAUGUGGUGAAUUCUUGAUUUUAUGGACAAUUGAAAUAUUUUCGUUUGAAAAUUUGUCAGUAAGCAUAUGAUAUCAGAUUAUUGAACAAAAUUGUGCUCAGAAAGUAUGGCCUAACAUAUAUAUAUAUAUAUAUAUAUAUAUCAUCAGAUAUUCAUGCCAUUUGUUUUUUACUCGUUCCUUUCCAUAUAAAACUAUCGAGUUGAUUUUAAUCCCAAUUGUGCUUCAUGCAUGAUAAAAACUAGCAUACAUAACAUUAUACCAUCAUGCAUAAUAAAAUGGUUAAUCCCGUAGUAUGUGAACCAAAAGUUUCCUUAUUUUAGUUCUAUUACAAGUUUUGGGACUAGCCAAGUGACCCGUAGUAUUUGUACCUGAAUUAUGGCCUAUGCAUAACCUGGUAUACAUACUACGUUCCGGUGUUCGCCAUCUUGGUUCACACACGGGAGUACCAAAAAUGGCACAACCAUAUAAUCAG